UAUUUAUUUUGAAAAAGGAAAUGGGUCUUUUUUCUUUAUUGUUUUUGUACUGAAAGGUUCUUGAUUUUUAGGCUUUUAGCAGAAGGCAGCAGGAAAGUUUGUUGACAACAUUCAAGAGGCAGUGGUACUCUACAAGUUUAAUUUAAUGAAGUGAAAGAGGAUGAUGAAGAAAGGGAAUUUAACGGUGGACGAACAUCCGCCGCUGCUGCCACUGCCACCGUCGAAGAAGAAGCGGAAUCUUCCCGGGAAUCCAGACCCAGAUGCUGAAGUGAUCGCUUUGUCACCAAAAGCGCUUUUGACGACGAAUAGAUUCAUAUGUGAGAUUUGCAACAAAGGGUUUCAAAGAGAUCAAAAUCUUCAACUUCAUAGAAGAGGGCAUAAUCUUCCAUGGAAGCUAAAACAAAGAAGCAAUAAGGAAGUUAGGAAGAAGGUUUACGUGUGUCCCGAGCCGAGUUGCGUGCACCAUCACCCGUCGAGGGCUCUCGGUGAUCUUACUGGAAUCAAGAAGCAUUUUUGUCGGAAGCACGGUGAGAAGAAAUGGAAGUGUGAGAAAUGUUCGAAGAGAUAUGCUGUUCAAUCUGACUGGAAAGCUCACUCCAAGAUUUGUGGCACUCGAGAGUAUAGAUGUGAUUGUGGAACCCUUUUCUCCAGGAGGGACAGUUUCAUAACCCAUAGAGCCUUUUGUGAUGCGUUGGCUCAGGAAAGUACCAAUUUUGCAUCAUCAGCGAUGAACAAUAGCAACCCAAUUCAACCAAUUUUCUCAACACUGCGCCAAUUCUCACUCAAAACUGAAAACCAAGACCCUUUUUAUCCUUCAACUUCCAACAUCCUCAAUCCCUUUAACCCUAACCCUAACCCUAACCCUACUUCGAUCGGAUUCGGGUUAGCCGGUCCUGGUUCGAGUCUUAAUCCAGUGUUUGGUUCUGCAUGGGAAAUGAACUCUCCAAACAUCAUGGCUUUUGAAGAACCAUCCUUUGAAGAAGCUCUAAAUGGGAUAUUGAUGAAUAAUCGAGCUAAUAAAGAUGGUGACAAAUGCAGCGGCGGUGGCGCGGAGGAGAUAACGAGAGAUUUAUUGGGGUUGAGAGCGUUGGCUCGACAGCCCGAUCAUCAUAUGUUCGAGAAUGAGAUAGUAAACGACCAUCUGAAUUUGGGUUCUUCUUCUUCCAUGUUUGGAUUGCAUCUGAAUCAUCAAACCCAGACUAUGUUUUGGCGUGAUUAAUUAAUUAAUUAAGUUAAUUAGGUCAUCUUUUUUUCUUAAAAAGAUGGAUUUUUGUUACUGUUUUGAAGAAAAGUGUAUCAAAAGAGAUAAUCUUCGCUUUUGUAUGAAUUUCUCUAAGGAUUAGUUUUUGUUAAUAAUAAAAAGAUCAUUAAUUAUGAUCAU